AUGUCUGACUCAGUGGUGCUUGCGCCACGAGUAUUGGCGGUGGCCAGCCAUGUAAGCUGUCUUCAUGAGUUUCACAAUGAAGCUUUUUGGGAUGCUUCAUUUCAUGAGCUUGAGCUAAUUGUAUUGCUCUCGCAGGUUGUCUCAGGCAACGUGGGAAACAAAGUCGCCGUCUUCGUGCUCCAGUCGCUGGGGAGUGAUGUCGCCGCUCUGAACACGGUGCAGUUCAGCAAUCACACAGGUUACAAGCAGUGGACAGGGACGCGAGCCACGGCUCAAGAGAUUACCGACCUCUACAACGGCCUGAAGCAGUCGUAUCUGGAUGACUUUGACAUGAUGCUCUCCGGGUACAUCCCCGGCGCGGAGGGGGUCACGGCGGUGGGAAACAUUGCCAAGGGGCUGAAGGAUAAGUUUCAGCAUUCCCCGGGCAAGUUCUUCUGGGUGCUGGACCCUGUGAUGGGGGAUAAUGGGAAGCUGUAUGUGGCGCCGGAGGUUGUGCCCGCGUACAAGGCUCUUCUGCCCUAUGCGGAUUUGAUACUGCCGAACCAAUUUGAGGCCGAGUAA